CUUCCUUGCAACGCAUCAAACGUGUGUUUAAUCUACAAAAUUUAUGUUAUCAUUUUUAUAAUAAAAGAUACGAAGCUAAAUGGGAAAGGCAAUUCUGACAGUUCGUUCAUUCAUGAUUCUUGAGUGAUUCUCCGAGUGUUGCAGACACAAGUCGCGCUGCACGACGAAGCCUAACAAUUUGAUUGAAGCGCCUUACUUGAGAAACAUUUUCUAGCUCGUAAGAGUUUUGCCCUCUCUAUUGAAGUUUCCAAAGCUGUGUUGUACUGUCGUAUACUACCGUAUACAAUCAUAUACGUCAGCGUGCAGAUGAUGCGUUCACUGUCAAUGGUUUGGCCCAAUAGCGUUGCAUACACGUACGAGCCGGAUGUAAUUGUGAUUGUACCCCAUACCUAUACGAAAUCUCAUGUCAUAAGAGGCAGGAGCACGCUGUAGUGUGGCUCAGACUGUGCUUCACAGUAACUCAGAGCAAUACGAAGUUAGCAAGUGACAUUCUGAUUGCUUUCCACUUUACGUUUAAUCCUAUUAACUUACGUGGCGGGUAUUCGACAACAGAAACAACAUGUGCGGAAUCUUUGCGUAUCUCAAUUAUCUGACGCCGAAGAGCAGGAAGGAGAUCCUCGAGCUACUGGUUGGUGGAUUAAAGAGGCUGGAAUAUCGAGGCUAUGAUUCGGCAGGUGUCGCCCUUGAUAGCGCCGAUGGCAAGGAUAUCUCGAUUAUUAAAAAGCAGGGAAAGGUCAAGGCGCUCGAGGAAGAGAUCUUUUAUCGUACCAAUAUCGACUUCGAGUCGAAGGUUUGCAGCCACGUGGGUAUCGCACACACUCGUUGGGCGACUCAUGGUGUCCCAUCUGAAGUGAACUCGCAUCCUCAAAGAUCCGAUAUCGAACAUGCUUUCGUUGUGGUGCACAAUGGUAUCGUGACAAAUUACAAGGAAGUGAAGACGUUGCUUCACCAAAGAGGCUACAGCUUCGAGAGUGAAACCGACACGGAAGUAAUCGCCAAGCUGAUCCACCAUCUCUGGGUACAACAUCCGGGUUAUUCGUUCCGCGAGCUAGUCGAGCAGGUUGUUCAACAAUUGGAAGGUGCGUUUGCACUGUGCUUCAAGAGCAAAUAUUUCCCCGGUGAAUGUGUGGCGACGAGAAGAGGAUCACCGCUGCUCGUGGGUAUUAAGACAAAAACGAGAUUGGCCACCGAUCACGUGCCCAUCCUGUACGGAAAAGAUGAAUCUCCAUGCGUAAACAAAGAAGGUGAAGCGCCCACUCAAGACCAUCGUCCACAUGGUCGUACUGAACUUCCGGUUAUACCACGCAGUGAAAGUACUUCCAAAUUUCAACCCUUGGAGGACAAAGAAGUCGAAUAUUUCUUCGCAUCUGACGCCAGUGCUGUGAUCGAACAUACAAAUCGUGUUAUAUUUUUGGAGGAUGAUGACGUAGCCGCAGUGAAAGAAGGUGCUCUCAGCAUCCAUCGACUCCGUCGAUGUAUGGAUGACCCGCAUGCAAGAGAAAUUACUACCUUAAAGAUGGAAAUCCAGGAGAUCAUGAAGGGUAACUAUGAAUAUUUUAUGCAGAAGGAAAUUUUUGAGCAACCUGAGUCGGUGGUGAACACCAUGAGAGGACGUCUGAACUUCAGAGACAACUCCGUUACGUUGGGAGGCAUCAAGGAUUACAUUCCUGAGAUUAAGAGGUGUAGACGUCUUAUGCUUAUUGGUUGUGGAACAAGCUACCAUUCUGCUAUUGCUACCAGACAACUUUUGGAAGAAUUAACUGAACUACCAGUUAUGGUCGAAUUGGCUUCUGAUUUCUUAGACAGGAAUACGCCAGUGUUUAGAGAUGACGUUUGUUUCUUUAUCUCACAGUCUGGUGAAACAGCAGACACAUUAAUGGCUUUGCGUUAUUGCAAAGGACGUGGAGCUCUGAUUGUUGGUAUUACCAACACGGUAGGCAGUAGUAUCUGUCGUGAAUCACACUGUGGUGUUCAUAUAAACGCAGGUCCUGAGAUCGGUGUUGCUAGUACCAAGGCUUACACUUCCCAGUUCAUUUCUCUUGUAAUGUUUGCUUUAGUUAUGAGUGAAGACAGAAUCUCCCUUGGUAGUAGGCGUCAAGAGAUUAUCGAAGGAUUGAAAAAUUUGGAUAAUCUAAUUCGUCAAGUUCUCCAACUUGAUGAAAAGGUUAAAGAAUUAGCCAAGUCUUUGUUCCAACAUAAAUCUUUGCUGAUCAUGGGUAGAGGAUACAACUUUGCAACGUGUAUGGAGGGAGCUCUGAAAGUUAAAGAAUUGACAUACAUGCAUAGCGAAGGUAUCAUGGCAGGUGAAUUGAAACAUGGUCCACUAGCGCUCGUUGAUGAUUCAAUGCCUGUGAUAAUGAUCGUCAUGAGGGAUCCAGUUUAUGUGAAAUGCAUAAACGCCUUACAACAGGUUACAGCCAGAGAUGGGAAACCGAUCCUUAUCUGUGAGGAAGGUGAUGAAGAAACGAAAAUGUUCGCUGAUAGAAUUCUCGAAGUACCCAAAACAGUGGAUUGUCUCCAAGCAAUCCUUGCAGUCAUUCCACUACAAUUGCUGUCUUUCCACAUCGCGGUUCUUCGUGGAUGUAACGUCGAUUGUCCGAGAAAUUUGGCGAAAUCGGUUACGGUCGAAUAAAAGAUCAACUUGCAUUCAUUAGAGAUUUAUUAAAACGCAGCAUACCAUGCUUGGUUGUUAACUUCAAAUUUCAACAACUUAUUGAGAAAAUAUCGUUAUUAUAACUGCGUUUAUCCAUUACGAAAGAUAGGAAGAAGACAGGCAGAACGAUUUUUGAAACACGCCGUGAUAUUCUCGUGAUAACAUGAAAAUGGUCAUCGACUAUAUUUAAUACGUUUCUAAGUACUUAGUAAUUGUAGCUUCGUAUUAGAAUACGAGCAAAAUAGACUUAGGAAGUAUUUAGGUUAGCCAUUUGGACCAUCGUUAGACUUUAUACAUAAUCCUACGGUAGAAGAUGAAUACUUUAAAAAAGAAAGAAACUCAACGAAGACGUUCCUUACGUGGGAUAACAUUAAUUGAGUUCCCAGUGACCCCAGUGCAUUUAACGGUUGUGUAUAUUCAUAUCAAUCGGUAAAAAACGAAAGGAAGAGAAUGUAACGCUUUUCAGAUCAUAAGUCAAUUGUGAUUCUAUCUCCUUAUAAUCAAGUUGAAUAAGACUGCGGUAGAAAAAAGAGAAAUUGUUACUGUAUCGCGAACUUGUGCUCUAUGACGUUUACAUGUGGUUACUCUGAAAAGUGUUUGUAUGCGUGUGUAUGUGGCUGUGUGUACCUCGUAAAUCUCAAUGUAGAUGAAAAAAAGCAACCAUAAUGUAUUGAGAGAAUUAGAUAAUUGAUGAAAACGAAUAAUUUAUGAAUACGAUGAUCGUCACGAUAUUCACUUUAUGGUGUUUAUCGUAUACUUUGAGAAAUUUAUAUUUUGUACAGUAUUUAAGAGAGGAACAAAUAUGAAAUUUGAUAUCUUACCUUCCACUUUUGUUAUGGAAGAUACAUUAACAACUUAUACGUGAAUUUUAUUACCAAUGUGAUACAUUCAUGUUCAAGUUAAAAAGAAAUUGUUGUAUAAAGUUGAUUUUACUACAGAACAAUUUUUCAGUUCCAUACAGUAGAAAAUCCUCGUCUUAUCUCUUAGCUGUAGAAAGUUUAUUCGACUCAAAUAUAAUUAUGGAAUAAAUGCAAUUAUUAUAUGAAUUA